AUGGCGAGCCCAACGGGCCACACUCUCUUCAAAAAAAAAGAGGGCAUCCUGUCAUUCACAAUUGAUCACAAAGCCAUAACAUGGACCCCAGUUUCGGGAGGCCCAGCAACUGUUUCGCUGCCUGUUACCAACAUAACCAAUCUUCAACAAACUCCUGACAGCUCUCCCAAAGUUAUGCUGAAAAUAUUUGAAAAGUCCGAGAAUGCAAACGACCCUAUCACCUACCUGUUUCAUUUCAACACUCAGGAAGCCAAAGCAGAAGCUCAAGCUGUCAAAGAUCUCCUCUCGCGACUGUUGGCUGAUCUCAGGAAUGGCGAUGCAAACGUAUCCAAGCUGGCGACUGCAACCUCAACGCCCGUUGCAAAUGGAGAGGGAGCAGGGAGCUCCGUCACACUGGCAUCCUCAGGUGGUGUAAACGCACAGCCCGUUCCUCCAAAAUGGUUCGAUGAUAAUCAAUUGAAAGUGAAUAUUGAGCUACAGCAGUCCCUCAUGAAGAAAGACAGAAGUUUGCACCAAACGUACAUGAACGCCAUAUCGACUAAGCCAGAUUCAAUGACUAGUGCUGCCUUCAACUCUCAGUUCUGGUCCAUGAGGAUAAAUCUGCUAAGGGCCCAUGCUAUUGAAACAAACCAAAAAAAAGGCGCAUAUAACGUCCUUUCGACUGUCAAACCUCGAACCGUGGACGGGGAAUUGAAACUGAACAUUAGCGUCGAGCAGGUUCAGAUGAUAUUUGCCCAGCAUCCAUUAAUCAAACGAAUAUAUAAUGAAAAUGUACCGAGACUUACGGAGGCGGAAUUCUGGUCGCGAUUUUUCCUCAGCAAACUUGCUAAGAAGCUUAAGGGGGAGCGUGUCACUGAUAAUGACCCUGCAGAUGCUAUCUUUGACAAGUACAAUGUCGAUAGCAAUAUCCAGGAUGCUCAUUCUAAGAUUACGGUCCAACCAGUCCCUCAUAUAAUCGACAUUGAGGGCAACGAAGAGAACCAAGGAGGGUUCAAAGGCGGCAACGCCAAGGAUGUCGAAAUGCGACCUCGAGCUAAUAUCCCUAUCGUUAGGACACUCAACAGUUUGAGCGAAAAGAUCAUGGCAAAUGUUCCUCCCUCGGACAACACGGCAUAUGAUGCUCAGGGACUCUAUAAUACAUCUCGAGAGCUAACUCUACGUGAUUUAAGAGGGGAUGGUGAAGAACAGCGCAUUAUGCUUAGUAUCAAAGAACGGAAUAACUUCUUCUCAUCAAAAGAUUCCACCGCUCUAAAAGGAAAAGACAUGCUUAGGAAUCAACGACCUGAAGACAUUCUCGCCAAAAUGCAAAAUUUGCACACUAUCAGGCCUGACAAAACUGGGGAUGUUGGACUUCAAAUUAACAUAGAUCUCGACAUAGAUAGUGAUAGUGACAACGAGUCAAGAUCUGGACUCAACACGACUCGUAACGCAAUUAAAGAAGCAGAGAAGGAUGUAAUGGCUGGCAUACAACAACAACGUUCUCAAAAAUACGGACGCGCCUCGGAUGAUACCUCUCCAAUGGGGAUACCUCCUCUGAUUUCCGACAAGUGUGCUCUAACUCAUGCGACAACGAUUGAGUUUCUUCACCAAUUUUGGGAUGGCUUUCUUUCUGGUGACCCUGACCGUGCCAUAGAGGUCCAAUACUUGGCUGAAUCUCUAACGAGGUCCAUGACACGUAUUCAGGCUGUGGCUGACGAGGCCGAGGUUGAAAGAGAGAAUGCCAUCCAAAAACGAAAGCAGGAGAUUCGUAACCACUUCGAACGCACGGGGAAGAAAAUCCGAUGGAAACCAGAUAUGGUUGGGGGUGGUCGUGAUGUCGUUGGCAAGAUAAUGCAACCGACGCUGGAUGCACUACGGCGAGCACAGGACACUUAUUCUAGGGCAUUGGGCGAGGAAGGUGUCCAAAUAUCGACGGAGAGCACAUAA